AGGAGGCGGCUCCCGCGCUCGCAGGGCCGUGCCACCUGCCCGCUCGCUCGCCGCCGUCGCGCUCACCGCCGCCAACAUGCUGCCGAGACUGGGCGGCCCCGCGCUGCCGUUGCUGCCGCCGCUGCUGCUGCUGCUGCUGGGCGCGGGCGGCGGCGGCCGCGGGGCGCGCGCCGAGGUGCUGUUCCGCUGCCCGCCCUGCACGUCUGAGAGCCUGGCCGCCUGCAAGCCCCCGCCCGCCGCGCAGCCCGCCGCCGAGGCCGGGCCGGCCGGCGACGCCCGCGUGCCCUGCGAGCUGGUCCGGGAGCCGGGCUGCGGCUGCUGCUCCGUGUGCGCCCGGCUGGAGGGCGAGCGGUGCGGCGUGUACACCCCGCGCUGCGGCCAGGGGCUGCGCUGCUAUCCCCACCCGGGCUCCGAGCUGCCCCUGCGGGCGCUGGUCCACGGCGAGGGCACUUGCGAAAAGCACGGGGAUGCCGAGUACAGCGCCAGCCCCGAGCAGGUUGCAGCUGAGCACACCGGGGCCUGCACAUCUGAAACACCCAGCCUGGCAUCAUUCAGAAUCCCAGGCCUGGCGGUAACGUCAGGAUCAGAACCUUGGGCCUCUGGCUUUCCGGCCAGUGCUUCCCUUCUUGCCACACUAGAACCGGAUGGCCAAGGCUUCGAGCUCAAGAGCCUGUGUUCCAAAGGAAAUCCGAAAAGGGCUCAGAGUGCCGUGGCAGACAAUGGAGAGGACCACUCUGAGGGAGGCCUGGUCGAGAACCACGUGGACGGGAACAUGAACUUGUUGGGAGGUGGAGGUGGUGCUGGCCGGAAGCCCCUCAAGUCGGGCAUGAAGGACCUCCAGGCCCUGCUGACCCUGGGAACAAAGCAGCUCUGUGCUGAAGGGUUUUCAGCCCCAGCAGCCAAGACUGUGCCUUUUGUGAUGGCCUGGGAGAGGAAGAAUGGAGAAGCUGGGACUGUGUUUGAUGGUCUUGAGUCACAGAACGUCUGGUUCAUCCCUGAAGCCUGCAGGAUCUUGGCUGUUUCCUUGAUCCAGGCAGGUCAAGACUCCUUCCGCUGA